AUGGAAAAGUUACUACAUUGGUCUAUUGCGAACGCGCAAGGUGAUGACGAGGCUAUUGCUAAGGCAGGACAACCAGACCCAAAAUUAUUGCAACAAUUGUUUGGUGGUGGACCAGAUGAACCUACAUUGAUGAAGCAGGCCAUUGCAGUGAUUAUGAAUCCCGAGGCAGAGUUAGAUAAUAAGCUAAUUGCUUUCGAUAAUUUCGAGAUGUUGAUUGAAAAUUUGGAUAACGCUAACAAUAUUGAAAACUUGAAGCUGUGGGGGCCAUUGAUUGAAAUUUUGGAUAGCCCAGAGGAAGAGCUGCGUGUUGCAUCUUUGUCUGUUAUUGGUACAGCUGUCCAGAAUAAUUCGAAAUCACAGGAGAGCUUUGUGAAGAAUGAAGGUGGAUUGGAAAAGGUUAUUGGGUUGGCUAAAGAUACAACACAAAGCAGCCAGGUCAGAACCAAAAGUUUCUAUGCUCUAUCUAGCUUGGUGAGACACAAUAGUACAGUUUGUGAACUUGUUGUUCAGAAUGAGGGCCUUGACUUAAUUAAACCGGUGCUAAACGAUUCAUCACUUUCAGAAAAGUUGAAGUUGCGAGUCCUUGCGUUUUUGGCUGCGAUCCUGACUACAGUUAAUAUUGAGCAGAGCUUUUUGGAUUCACUAAGGAAAGACAAAUUAAUUGAGUCUUCGAUAGACUUUUUGGACCCAAGUGUUAAUAUAUAUUUAAUAGAUAGGGCAUUAAACUUUCUGGCGAUACUAAGUCAAUCUCAUGUUAAGUUUGAAAAGUCUGAAAUUACGAAGUUACAGUCGUCCUUUAAGAAGUUGGAAGCGUUAAAGAAUCGCCUGAACGAAGAAGAUUAUGAAACUGUGAGACAAAUAUUAGAAUAG